AUGGGUAAUCUCUCUGCAUUGGCCGUGGCGGCUGCGGCGGCUCACCACCGUUUAUCUCCGUCGUCUCCUCUCGCGACGUCUAAUCUCAACGAUUCGCCGUUAUCGGAUCACGCGAGAUACUCUAAUCAACAUAACGAUGGGUAUUUAUCCGAUGAUCCAGCUCAUGGUUCUGGGUCUAUCCACCGUCGUGGAGAGAGAAAGAGAGGUGUUCCUUGGACUGAGGAGGAACACAGGCUAUUCUUGGUUGGUCUUCAGAAACUCGGGAAAGGAGAUUGGCGCGGUAUUUCAAGAAACUAUGUAACAUCAAGAACUCCUACACAAGUGGCGAGUCAUGCUCAAAAGUAUUUCAUCCGCCAUACUAGUUCCAGCCGCAGGAAAAGACGUUCUAGCCUCUUCGACAUGGUUACAGAUGAAAUGGUAACCGAUUCAUCGCCAACACAAGAAGACCAAACCUUAAACCGUUCCUCUCCAAGCAAGGAACCGGAAAACAAAACCUACCUUCCUUCACUAGAGCUCUCACUCAAUAAUUCCACGGAAUCUGAAGCGGUGGAAGCCACAGCGCCACCACAGGAAAAACCCGAAGAAUCCGUAGAACCAUCAAACGAGCUUUCACCAAUGCUAGUCCCGGGCGGCUUCUUUCCUCCUUGUUUUCCAGUCACUUACACGUUCUGGCUCCCUGCGGCUUCCACUUCACUUCACGGAACAGAACAUUCCUUAGAAGCUGAGACCUGUAUUCAGCAGCACCAGGUACUAAAACCAACACCUGGAUUCGCGAAAGAACGUGUAAACAUGGACGAGCUGGUCGGUAUGUCUCAGCUUAGCAUAGGAAUGGCGACAAGACAUGAAACCGAAACUUCUCCUUCUCCCCUAUCUUUGAAACUAAUAGGCGAGCCCUCAAGGCCAUCAGCAUUUCACUCGAAUGGCUCUGUUAAUGGUUCGGAUUUGAGUAAAGGGAACAACGCGAUUCAGGCGAUCUGA